AUGCCAUUAUACAAGGAAGAAAACUUUCUAAUAAUAAAUCCAGGAUCAAGAUAUACAGUUUUUUCAUUUGGUUUACAAGAUUCUUUAUCACCACCUCAAUAUAAAAUUCCAUCAAUUGUUUAUCAAGAUAAAUCAACCAAAGAAUUUAAAUCAUCAGGAGAAACAGAUGAAGAAAUAUAUCCAAUUAAAGAUUCUAAAUUAGUAAACAUAGAUGCUUUCAAUUUUUUAAUUAAAUUAAUAUUACAAAGUAUAAUUAAAAAUCAUCCUAUAUUAACAAUCAACCAAAUUCCAUUAUUAAUUUUAUUCCCAUCUUUAACUUGGUCAAAUCAAUCAAUUGAAUACCUUACAAAAUAUAUCUUUGAAAAUUUGGAAUUUACAGCAUUUAAUAUUUUGGAUUUAUCAUUAGCUUCUACAUUUGCAAUAGGACAACUGACAACUUCAUUAGUUGUAAAUAUUGGAUAUAAUACAACUCAAAUUGUUCCAAUUGUAAAUUAUCAAACUAUCAAAUUUGCAAGUAAGAUUUUAAAUAUUGGUGGAAACUCACUUAAUCAAGAAAUCAAAAAUAAUUCACCCAAUUUAACUGAUGAACAAGUUGAAAAUUUGAAAAUUAGUGGAAUAUAUGAAGUUUUAAAUGAAACUGACUUCAAUGCAUAUAAUAAUAUAGAAACAAAUGAUCUUGAUGAUGAGGAAAUGUUGGAUGUUUCAAAAAUUAUCGAUGAAAAUAAAGAUGAAACCAAGAAAGAUGAGAAACCAAAUAAAGAGUUGGAGAAAAAUUAUUUUAUUGAUUCAAAAACAAAUGAAAAAGUUUAUGUUGGUAAAGAAAGAUUUUUAGGUUGUGAGUCAUUAAUUAAUGAAAUUUCAAAAGCUGUUUAUAAAAGUUUAGCACAAAUACCCGAUAUAGAUAAACGACAAGAUUGUUAUGAUAAUUUAAUAUUUAUCGGAUCUACAUUCAAAAUUCCAGGUUUUAAAGAAGCAUUAUUAAUUAAAUUAAAUGAAGAUUAUUUAGUUCAAGAACCACCAACUGAUGAUCAUAAAUUAAAUUCAAAUGGUAUUAAUUCUACAAUUAUGAAAUAUCAAAAAAAUGAUGAUAUUAAUGAAAAUCAAAUAAAUGAUAUAAGUCAAGUCCCAAAUUCAAUUAAAAUGGUUAAAUACCCUGAUUAUUUUCCUGAAUGGAAAUUACCAAAAGAACAAGGUGGAUCAUGGGAAGAUUUAUUCUUUUUAGGUGGGGAAAUAUUUGCAAAACAAAUUUUUAGUGGUACAACUCAUCAUCAUGGCAAAGAAGUAUUUGUUAGUAGUGAUAUGUAUGAAGAAAAAGGACCACAAAGUAUAUGGGAUGCAACUGUAUAAAUAUUAAUAACUGUAAUAUAUAAAUUAAAAUUAGACGACGCGUGCGAUUCACGUGACUCGUAAUAAAAACAAAAACACGUAAAAAAAAAAAUAUAUAAACACGAUUUAAUUUCUGAAACAAAUUUAUGUUUAGGGGAAACUUUUCUCUAUUAAUUAACAAUCAAUUUAAAUCAGUUAGAUAUAGAAUGGCUCCAAAAGCCCAACAAACAUUAGGAAGAUUCUUUGGUGGUAAUAAUCCAUCAUUAAAUUCACCAUUAAAAAGAAAAGCAACUAAUAAUGGUACAUCACAACUUGAUAAAUCUCCGUUAAAAAAAUCAAAAAAUGAAGAACCAAAAAUUGAAGAAUCUAUAGCCAAUGACAGUGGCUCAGAUCUAGCUAAAUAUGAUGAUUCAAAUGGUGAUAUAACUACAAAAGAAGCUGAAACUUUAAUCCAAUUAAAUGAAUCAAAACCAAUUAUACAAGAUAAUCAAACAACAAGAAAACAAAUACCGUUUAAUUUAUUAGCUGAUACGUUUGAAAGACUUGAAAAGGAACCGGGUAGAUUACAAAAAAUAUCCAUAUUAUCCCAAUUGUACCUUCGAACUAUAAAAGAAUCAGAAUCUUAUGAAAAUUUAGUACGUGUUGUUUAUUUAACUAUAAAUAAAUUAGGUCCAGAUUAUGAUAAUUUAGAAUUAGGAUUAGGUGAAACAAUAUUAAUUAAAGCAAUAUCUGAAUGUUAUGGUAGGUCCACCACCAAAGUUAAAGAAGAUUAUAAAAAAACUGGUGAUUUAGGUUUAGUUGCUCAACAAUCAAGAGAAAAUCAAGCAUCAAUGUUUUCAAAACCAGCCCCAUUACAAAUUGAUACAGUUUUUAAUAAUUUAAAAGAAAUUGCCAAAUCAAAAGGUAAAGAUUCACAAUCUAAAAAAAUUCAUUUAAUUAAAAAAAUGUUAACAGCUUGUGAUCAAAAUUCUCAAGAAGCUAAAUUUUUAAUACGAUCAUUAGAAGGUAAAUUAAGAAUUGGAUUAGCUGGUCAAACAGUUACUGUAUCUUUAGCUCAAGCAUUUGUUUCAUAUGAACAAAAUUCAAAUCUAAAAAUUCCAACUGAUAAAUUAACAAAAGCUGAAGAAUUAUUUAAAGAAGCAUAUACAAGAACUCCAAAUUAUGAAAUUUGUAUAAAAGCAGCAUUUGAAGGUGGGAUUUUCAAUAUUUUAGAUACUGUUAAAAUUACUCCUGGAGUACCUUUAAAACCAAUGUUGGCAAAACCUACAAAAUCAGUUGGUGAAGUUUUAGACAAAUUUGCAAAUGAAAAUUUUACAUGUGAAUAUAAAUAUGAUGGUGAAAGAGCUCAAGUUCAUUUAUGUAAUGAUGGUGCAGUUAAAGUUUUUUCAAGAAAUGGUGAAGAUAUGUCAGAAAGAUAUCCUGAUAUAAUUACAAUUAUUUCAAAUUUACAUAAAACUCAAGAACAUAAAUCAAUGAUUUUAGAUUGUGAAGCAGUUGCAUGGGAUAAAAAUUUGAAACGUAUUUUACCAUUUCAAACAUUAUCCACAAGAAAAAGAAAAGAUGUUAAUGAAAAAGAUAUAACUGUUCAUAUAUGUUUAUUUGUAUUUGAUUUAUUAUAUUAUAAUGAAGAACCAUUAUUAACUAAAACCUUGACUGAAAGAAGGCAAUAUAUGCAAAAACACAUUCAUCCAUUAGAAGGUCAAUUACAAUUUGCAACUUGUAGAGAUUCAACAUCUGAAUCAAAAUCAAGUGAUGAAAUUAUUCAUGAAUUUUUAUUACAAUCAAUAAAAGAUUAUUGUGAAGGUUUAAUGGUUAAAGUUUUAGAUGGACAUGAAUCACAUUAUGAGCCGAGUAAAAGAUCACAAUUUUGGUUGAAAUUGAAAAAAGAUUAUUUAGAUGGUCAAGGAGAUUCUUUAGAUUUAGUUGUAAUUGGUGCUUAUAAUGGUAAAGGUAAAAGAACAGGUACUUAUGGAGGUUUUUUAUUAGCUUCAUAUAAUGAAGAUACAGGAGAUUUAGAAACUACGUGUAAAAUUGGAACUGGAUUUAGUGAUGAAAUGUUGAGUAAUUUAUAUACAAAAUUACAUCCAACUGAAAUUCAACAACCUAAAAAUUAUUUUGUUUAUGAUACAAAUAAUUCAAAUGCAAAACCAGAUGUUUGGUUUGAUCCAUCAUUAAUUUUUGAAGUUAAAACUGCUGAUUUAUCGUUAAGUCCAAUUUAUAAAGCUGCUCAUCAACAAUAUGGUAAAGGUAUUUCAUUAAGAUUUCCUAGAUUUGUUAGAAUUAGAGAUGAUAAAAACAUUGAAGAUGCUACAAGUUCAACUCAAGUUUCUGAAUUUUUUGAAAAUCAAGCAAUGAAUAAAUGA